AAUUGAAAGGAAUGCCAACAAGUUACCUAUUUGAUUACCUGUAUUCUGGACCAAAGAAAAACAAUGAUUAUGUGUACAACCCCUUUUUGCGAUGUUAAUUCUUAAAAUACAAAAAUGAGACAAUUAACAAUUUAGUCCAAAGUACGUGUGUUAUCAUUAGAGAAUGCAUGUGCAAUAUUUUAAAAGUGGUAUAGUACCAGUGCAGCACGAAAUUCGGAUAUAUCUAUUUUUAUCCGUGCACUUUGAACCCUAUAAUAGGUCAAGUAAUGCUGUACAGUGAUACUGAUAACGAAGAUCUUGAGCUCAACGACUUCGAAAUGUCAGAUGAGAGAUCACUUUUAGUUCAGUCUUCGUCGAGGAUGGGCCGUGCACAAUAUAGCUCUGAUUCAGAGAAGGAGGGUAGCGUUCAUUUAGACACAAAAAUGGACCCAAAGGAAAGGAGUACACCAUGCUUUGUUUUAGUUCUAUCAUUUUUUUCUGCAAUUGGUGGAUUUUUGUUUGGUUACGAUACUGGGGUUGUUUCAGGAGCUAUGUUGCUUAUAAAAGACCGUUUCCAAUUAACAUCAAUUAAAGAAGAAGUAAUAGUUAGUGUAACCAUUGGAUUUGCAUUUCUGUUUGCACUAGUUGGAGGCUGGUUAAAUGACAGAUUUGGUAGAAAGAUGACAACUAUUUUAGCAAGUAUUGUGUUUACAAUUGGUGCUGUUGUCUUAGCUGCAGCUUACAAUUUUUGGAUGCUGGUUGUGGGCAGAGCUAUUCUAGGAAUGGGUAUAGGUAUGGCAUCUAUGACAGUGCCAGUGUAUAUUGCUGAAUGUGCACCUAUGUAUUUGAGGGGACGUCUAGUGACCCUCAACACAUUAUUUAUCACUGGUGGUCAGUGUAUAGCCAGUAUAGUGGACGGGGCCUUCAGUUAUGAUAAAGAGCAUGGAUGGAGGUGGAUGUUAGGUCUUGCAGCUGUACCAUCUAUUAUACAGUUUAUUGGCUUUAUUUUCCUACCAGAGAGUCCUCGUUGGUUGGUGGCAAACGGGAAGAGUGAUAAAGCUCGUACAGUUCUCGUUAAUAUACGAGGGACCUCUGACAUAGAUGAUGAAAUGAAAGAAAUUGAGAUUACUGUGGAAGAGGAUAGGCGGGAGAAAGAAUUAGCAGGUUCCAAUGUAUUUAUGAAGAUUUUACGGACACCACCUGUACGACGUGCACUCAUUGUCGGAUGUGGUCUUCAACUGUUUCAGCAACUUUCUGGUAUAAAUACUGUCAUGUACUACAGUGCAACUAUAAUUAAGAUGUCUGGUGUACGGAGUCAGAGUGAUGCUAUAUGGCUGGCAGCGGCCACUGCUGGUGUAAAUUUUGUGUUCACUAUUGUAGCAUUGUUCCUUGUGGAAAGGUUGGGAAGAAAAAAACUUAUAAUGGGCAGUUUGUUUGGUGUUUUAUUGAGUUUGAUAGUGUUGGCUGUAGGCUUCCAAUUAGCUGCCUUCCAUUCCCCACCCAUCACUAUGUCGGAGGAAGGAGAUGAUUAUUGCCAUGGUUACAGUUCUUGUGAAGCAUGCAUAGAGAAUGUGGAUUGUGGAUUUUGUUAUAAUGAUUAUGGUCAGGGUGUAGUCAAUGGAUCCUGUCUACCUAUAGAUGGUGAUGAUUCUAGUCAUUCCAAAGUUGGAAGAUGUAAUGCUACAACAGGGGAAGAGCCAGAUCUGAUUUAUGCCUAUCAGUACUGUCCUACUGAUUAUUCCUGGAUGGGAAUUGCAGGAUUAGCUAUAUAUCUCAUGUUUUUUGCUCCAGGUAUGGGACCAAUGCCAUGGACAAUUAACUCUGAGAUCUACCCAUUGUGGGCGAGAAGUACGUGUAACUCAUUAGCUACAGCAACCAAUUGGCUCUCUAAUCUAGUCGUCUCUAUGACAUUCCUUACACUCACAGAAACCAUCACCAAAUAUGGAACGUACUGGUUGUUUGUGGGUAUAGUGGUAAUUGCACUGGUGUUUAUGGCAGUAACAUUACCAGAAACCAGAGGGACAAAGUUAGAGGAAGUGGAAACGUUGUUCUCUCAGCCGCUAUGCAGUUGCUCAAAACCUUCGCCAUCACACCAUGCUGAACAGACCCAAGUUGUUGAUUAGUCAUAGAAUAACUGUUUUCAUCAAUCCAUUAUCUUCAGAGCAACUAGUUCAGAAUGAUGCAAAGAUACUGUAAAAGCAGAAAUGUUCACAAGGGUUUAAUUUCACUACACGCACAAGGCCUUUUAUCUCAUGAACAUUAUUCCUUGCGUAAAUAUUCACCAUUAGUAUAAUUUAAAUUCAAGUAGGAUUCCAUUUUUACAAUGUCACGAAUAUUAAACUCAUGAACAUACUCAAAAUUUCACAUGAGCAAAAUUUUGAUCCAUCGAAAAUACAUGCUUUUACAGAACCAGUUGUUCAAUCUCAGAUAAAUGAGCAUUUUGUGAAACAGAAAAGACUGCUGGUAUCGUAAAAACAAACUGUUCUCAGUAGCAGAUCAAAUAUUUCAGGUUUUACACAUUAUGUGAAAGUGCCUUCAAAGAUUUCCUGCCUAGGUUUUGUAAAAAGUUGUUUCAUCAUUAUUGCUGUGAUAAGUCAGAUCAUUAUUUUUUAGUAACAUUUACCAUUAUAUAGUGAUAGUGAUAUUGAAAAGGUUUUUUGAAGGAUACAGUUUUUGAAAUACCGGUAAGGUUGACUAAUAUUUAGCUUAUUUUCUCUAGAUAUUUAUAGUUUGUUUAGAUAUUAAUGUGGUUCGCAUAAAUGAUCUCAUAUCAGAAAUCAUUUAAAUAUGUUGUUGAAAUGUAACAUUAGUUCAGUGGUUGUCGGUAUAUUCUAACUUCCUACGUUAUACUAUACUAACUAAGUAACUUGAUAUAUUACUAAGAGACUAAACUGCCGUCCAGUCAGAGAUGGUUCUAAAGAGGUUUCCACCUGUGCCUCAAAUAAUUCAAGUAAUGCUCUUUGGCAUUAAAGGUCCAUUACUAAGGGAAAGUGAGUUGGCAAUUUUUUUCAUAGCCAGUGCAUAGACUUCUGCAAGACACUAAAUAAUGAAGAUUGGCAGGUCAAAAUUUACAGAAGGUCUUUGGAACUCAAAGAAAUGUAUGUGUAUUAUGUUGAAAUUUCAAUGAAUCGACAGAAUGACCCCCCAGGUCUUUUUAACUUUCUUCAUACUUCAUAGAAAAAUAAUUGUACAUAUACUACGAUUUAUUUAGAAUUUCUGCAUACCAACUUUCAUUUUCCAAUAAAAUGAAAUAGUUUCUGUGCUUUUUAAAAGAAAUUAAAAUGUUCACUUUCCUUAGUAUUGGACCUUUAAAGCUGGAAAGUUGCCAUAUAAAAAUGAAAUAGAAAAUUUCUAGUCCCGGCAAUUUGGAGUACUUAAAAGUACCUGAUCGUCUGCACUAAGAUAAAAUUGCCUUGUUUAUCUUUUAGCCAGAAGUAUUUAUCAGGACAAAAGCUGUGGCAGACAUGCGUGUAAUAUUGUCUGAUGGGGGGAGUAUAUGCUUUUGUCAUUCCUUCCCAAAACAGAAAAAGACAUUCCAAAAUUUAUUAUGGUUAAUUUACUCCUCUUUUAGUAUAUCUGCUAUGUAAUUUCAGUCGCACAAUUGCUAAAUGAUCUGCACUGGUCGUUAAGGCAGAAUCAGUUCUGUCCAGCAUGUUACGGGUUAAGUAUAGAUUUCUGUUUUAGAAAUAGAACUUUAAUGCAAUUAUAUAGUGGAAUCAUUAUUGGUCUGUGCCAUGAGAAAACCAACAUAAUGGCUUUGCGACCAGCAUGGAUCCAGUCCAGCCUGCGCAUCCGCAAAGUCUGGUCAGGAUCCAUGCUGUUCGCUUUUAAAGCCUAUUGAAAUUGGAGAAACUGGUAGCGAACAGCAUGGAUCCUGAUCAGACUGCGCAGAUGCGCAGGCUGGUCUGGAUCCAUGCUGGUCGCAAACCCACUAUGUUGGUUUUCUCAUGGCACGGCUCAUUUGUCUGUGCCUUUCUAGCAUGUAUUUCAAUGUUGCAUCAAUCCACAGAGUCUCAUCCCAUUGAAUAAAUCAAAUUUUUAUUUAUUUUAUUUUUAUAAUGAGAAAUCCAUGAAUUCACAUCUGCAAGAAUUGUCGGUAUCACCUUAGACCCAACGAAAACAAAACAAAAUAUGUCCACAAAAAAAUAGUCAUUCUAGCCAAAAUAAUUGUUUUAGUUUAUUUGUUAAAUCUACUGCUCAAAUAUGUUUUAUCCAUAAGUUCAUGUUAACUGUAAAUAGUCCACAUUGUGCAUAUUUACUGCCUUGUUAGAAGCUUAACAUUGAGAAAACAUGUGCCAUGAUGGACUAAAGCAUCUGAAACACUUCUGAAAUCAUUAACAAACUUUACAUUUAAUAAUAUACUGGGAUUUUUGCAAAUAUUUUAAAUUGGAUUUUACACCUAUGGUUGUUUCUCAGUAUCAUAUAUAAAUUCUAUGUUGCAGUCUGUAAAUGAACAUAGUUGAAUUUUUCAGGCAAACUUUGAACAAGUAGCUUUAAAUCUUGUUAAUUACUUACAUGUCUUUAAGGAUGGAGUAUACCUGGUAACUAGCAUAUAUUGUAUACUUACUAAACCAUUUAAAAUGGCAAUGGCAAGCCUGAAGUAGUUGUUAGCAUGUCUAAACUUGCACAGCAUGAGAACAUAGCCCGAGUGUCAGUAAGGUUUAGGAAUGCUAAUUACCACACAGGGAACAACAUUGCCAUUUAAGGAGGUAGGUUACCUUGUUACCAGGGUAAAUUCAAAUUAGUUGAACCGCAGUGAUUUUUUUGUAUUUCGUGUAAUUUAAUGUUUUAACUGCUACAAUCUCAGUUCCGUUUAUCUCUGUCCCUUCAAGUACAAUUUUUAUCCAGGUUUGAAGUACAUGACCCUCUUAAGGUAUUUUAUAUAGAAAGAAGAAGGAAAAUAUGGAUAUUUAACACUUUUCAGUGUAUAUUGGUUUCAUUGUUAUCCGUAGAAGUCUGCAUAAUUAAUAGUUUUGCUAGUAUGCGCAUUAACUUUCUAAUAAAAGCUUAAAAUGUAUAUGUCGUGGGGCUCGUGUUUCCAUGGUAACGCACUUUCUCUCAUUUUUCAACAAUUAUUAUGAAAACGGGUUUUUCGACGGCUUCAGUGUCAUUCUUUUAUUGACCAACAUGGAAUAUUUGGGUAAUAUGAUCAGCAAAAUACCAAGAACUUUACAGGGUACUAUGUUUUUCUUAAAGUUUAGAGUAACCAUGGCAACAGAGAUGUUUAAAAUAGCUUAUAUGUUGCUUUUUAUCGUAACUUCUUAUUAAAAAAUAUUAUAUAAAAUUAUUUUUCUUGUUAAUGUAGCUUUAAAACAUCUUAUUUCUAACGUUAGUAAUAUUUUCGUAUGAAUCGCAGUUAAUUUAACAAAUUUCACAGCUUAAAAUACUUACAGCAGUGCCCGUCGUCUAACAUUUUUAUCGAAAAAUCGUUCUGCAUGCUGCUAUUAUUCUCAUGGAUAUUGUUGAAAUGAAAAUAAAAGCCGAAGCUGUGUUCCUUAAAUAGACCAGUGUCAACGCUUUUGAAUUUUACAAUUAGACAUAUAGGUCACGGGCUUCGUUUCCAUGGUAACAUCAAUUUAAUUCAAGACACCACAAUUUUAUUCUGAAAUUUGAACAAUUUUGGAGCUUAGUUUUAGUAUUUAAGUAACAAAUUAUCAACGGAAACUGGGGAAUAGGUAUAACAAAUCAAACUGUCCAAAUUUUAUUUGUAAAUGACCGUAAUAAGUUACCUUUCACCCGGCUAUAUUCCCAAUCACAUCAGUUACCAUCAUCCAUUUUCUUACAUUCCGCAUAACAUUUCAAUAUAAUUACAUAAAAGAAGCAAAUAUUGAUCAUUUUUCAGAGCAAAAGACUAAUAAAAAGUAUUUCAGCAAAUAAUGGCUGUUUAAAAAUAGUUCAAAUAAAGAAAAAGCACAGAAUAACGUACUUUCAAAAUAAAAGCUAUUAAUUUUGCGCGGUAACUGACACGUAACUCAAUGACGUCAUUUUAAGGCAACAAUGUUUUGAAGCGUUUCUGCGGCAAUUCGUUCAUUAUUUCUGCAUUAUUAAACCAUUAAACAUAGAUGGGAGGCAAGUUCAAGAUUUAUUUCCAGAAGAAUGGAUAUACAAACACAUUUAGUUUGUCGUAAACGUCGUCGUAAAUCGUCAUGUUAGCUUCCGGUUGGACAUGCGCACUUAAAAAUAUCAAGGUAACCUACCUCCUUAAUGAGUUGAUUAUCAUAUACUUAAACAUAAUAAUGUUUACUGGAUUUCAUGAAUCAGUAAAUCAUAUAAAUUAUGGACGUUAAUGAAUUUUUUAUCACAAAACAGGGUAAAAUGAUGCCACUCCUCCAUGGCUGGCCAGUAACCAGUUAUAAUGCCCGUUUUCGGUUAUUGUACCCCCCGACAACAAAGUUUUAAGGGGGGGUAUACUGGUUUCAGGUUGUCUGUCUGUCCGUCUGUCCAUCUGUCUGUCUGUCCGUCUGUCCGUAGACGCAAUCUUGUGCGCUCCAUCUCUCCUUAUCCCCUUGACAGAAUUUAAUGAAACUUCACACAAGUGAUCAGUACCAACAGUAGUUGUGCAUGGGGCAUGUUAGGUUCUUUUAGAAAAAAAUUUUGCAGAGUUAUGGGACUUUGUUUUUUUGUUACUAUACUAUAUACAUAGACACAAUCUUGUGCACACCAUCUCUCCUGAUCCCCUUGACACAAUUUAAUGAAACUUUACACAAGUGAUCAGUACCAACAGUAGUUGUGCAUGGGGCAUGUUAGGUUCUUUUAGAAAAAAAAAUUUGCAGAGUUAUGGGACUUUGUUUUUUUGUUACUGUACUAUAUACAUAGACACAAUCUUGUGCGCACCAUCUCUCCUCAUCCCCUUGACACAAUUUAAUGAAACUUCACACAAGUGAUCAGUAUCAACAGUAGUUGUGCAUGGGGCAUGUUAGGUUCUUUCAGCGACAAAAAUUGCAGAGUUAUGGGACUUUGUUUCUUGUUAACAUACUAUGUACAUACAGUCUGCAUAUGCAAUCUUGUGCAUGCCUAAUCUACCAAACCCUUACACACAAUUUAAUGAAACUUCACACAAGUGAUCAGUACCAACCCUAGUUGUGCAUGGUGCAUGUUACAUUCUUUUAGAUAAAUAUUCUGCAUAGUUAUGGGACUUUGUUUUUUGUUACUUUACUGUAUACAUACAGUCUAUAUACAUACAGUCCACGUAAUUAUGCAAUCUUGUGUGCGUCAAAUUGCAAUGUACUGUGUCAGUGCAUGCAGGGGGUACAUUCAUCACCUUUAGUGAUAGCUCUAGUUUUGCCUGAGUUACAGGAUUUUGUGCUAUGCAGUUUUGUUACUACUUAUAGUCAGGUAUAUAAUAAUCAAAUUUAUUGAACCAUAGCAAUCAAUUGUUUAAAUGUUUUAGCUGCUAAAAUUUCAUGUUUUAUCGACUGUGUUCCUUCGGGUAAAUUUUUCAUCCUGUUUGAAGCACACAGUUCUUUAAAGAAAUUUCCUUUUGAAGGAAAAUGUGGAUAUUCAACACUUUUCAGCUUAUUUCAGUUUUACUCUUGUACGUAGAAGUCUGGGUAGUUGAUAAAUAAAUUAUUACUGGUAUAUGCAUUAGCUUUCUAAUAUAAGCUUAAAAUAUAUCUGUCAUGGGGAUCGUGUUUCUGUCUGCUUUUUUUAAGGAAGUAUGGAUAAAAACAAGCUUUUUAACAGCUUCAGUGCCAUUUUCUUUAUUGAACAAUAACAUAUAGGGAACAUUGGGUUUAUUUUAUGAGUUGAAUAUUAAAUACUUAUCAUUUCUUAGAGUUGUAAGUAAUCAUGGUAAGAGGGAUGUUUAAAAUAUCUUAUAUCUUGUCCUUUUUCAUAACAUGUUAUGAAAACAAACUUUUUAUUUCAUCUGUCAGGUAGCUUUAAAACUAGUCAUAGCUUCUACGCAGUCUGAAGAGCUGAUCUCAUGUAUUGACAUGCUGCCGUUUGAUAUAUGACCUUUUUGUGUGGAUUUGCCGUAAAACCAAACCCAUUCAUUGCUUUAAUUUUUUUAUUAGCUCGGCUGAUUUUUGUGCCCCCCCCCCCCCCCCCCCAUGAGUGGUGGGGGCAUAUUUUCAGAGUUAUGGCCCCUGAAAUAGUCAAAAAUGCACAUUUUCACAUUGUGACGUGCCUAGCUCAAAAAGUAUUUGAUGUAAAUUGAUGAAACCUUGCAUGAGUCUUUAUCAUGAUAUGAACUUGUGCACCUCCUAUUUUUCGUCUGGCUCUGCCCCUAUUUUCUGAGUUAUGGCCCCUGAAAUAGUCAAAAAUGCACAUUUUCACUUUGUGACGCGCCUAGCUCAAAAAAUAUUUGAUAUAAAUUUAUGAAACCUUGCAUAAGUCUUUUUCAUGAUAUGAACUUGAGCACCUCUUAUUUUUUGUCUGGCUCCGCCCCUUAUUUUCAGAGUUAUGGCCCCUGAAAUAGUCAAAAAUGCAUAUUUUCACCUUCUGACACGCCUAGCUCAAAAAGUGUUUGAUAUAGAUUCUUGAAACCUUGCAUGAGUCUUAAUCAUGAUAUGAACAAGUGCACCUCCUAUUUUUCAUUUUGGUCUGCACCCUAUUUUCAGAGUUAUGGCCCCUGAAUUAGUCAAAAAUGCACAUUUUCACCUUGUGGUGCACCUAGUUCAAAAAGUAUUUAAUAUAAAUGAUUGAAAACUUGCAUAAGUCUUUAUCAUGAUAUAAACUUGCACACCUCUUAUUUUUUGGCUGGCUCCACCCCCUAUUUUUAAAGUUAUGACCCCUGAAAUAGUAAAAAAAUGCACAUUUUCACCUAAUUAUGUGUCUAGCUCAAAAAGUAUUUGAUGUAAAUUUAUGAAACCUUGCUUGGGUCUUUAUCACGAUGUAUCCUUGCACACUUGGCAUUCUUCCUGAGAAUCUUAGCAAUUAUUACAAAGUUAUGGCCCUUGAAAUAGCCAAAAUAAUGGAUUUUUUUGUUUGUGAUGCUCAUAGCUCAAAAAGUAUAUGGCCUAGAAUAAUGAAUCCUUUUCAUAAAAUGUUUGUUGAGGCUAUACCCCAUUAAGAUUGCAAACAUUCGAAUUAUUUCUCCUUAUUUGUGACAAAUGUACCGGGGGGAGGGGGGCACACCCUGUGUCCUACAGACACAUUCUAGUUGAAUAAUAUCUUAAGAGGAUCCACCUUUUCUCAAAAACCAUAAGAGCUACAGCUUUGAAACGUUGCACACUUUUUUUGUCAUCAUUAGUUGACUUAAUAGGCCAAGAACCAUAACUCUGAUAUGCAUUUUGUCAAAAUUAUGGCCCCUUUGUACUUAGAAAAUUUGAGGGUUUUUUGGUUACAAUUUUUGUUUAGGUCCACCUUUUCUCAAAAAACUUAAGAGCUAUAGCUUUGAAAAUUUGCACACUUGUUUGUCAUCAUUAGAUGACUUAGUUGACCAAGAACCAUAACUCUGAUAUGCAUGUUGUCAAAAUUAUAGCCCCUUUGUACUCAGAAAAUUUGAGUUUUUUUAAGUCCACUUUUUCUCGAAAACUAUAAGAGCUACAGCUUUGAAAUUUGCAUUUUCAUUAGUUGACUAAGUAGGCCAAGAACCAUUAAUCUAACCUGCUUUUUUGUCAGAAUUAUGGCCCUUUUUGUACUUAGAUUUUCUGAAUUGUUACUCUUUUCUUGCCUACCGACCAGCACUUGCAUUUAGAAAUUCUCAAGGUAGUUGUUCUCAUACAGUUAAACAGACCCAGUUUAAGACCUACAGCUAUUUGACAUCUGAAGAUGUACCAUACUUUUAGAUACUGUUAUUUUAAAGAACACCAACUUUUGUUUUCAGAAAAAAAAAUUUAUCAAAUAAUUGUUUUAGUGAUUUUUUGGUUUAUGUUUUUUGUAUGUCUUCUUAAAUUCAAUUCAGUUUUACCAGAAUUUAUUUGUUGUUUGAAAGGUGUGUUAUGAGACAAUGCGAUGUCUUAAUUCAACUCAACAAAGAACAAGUUUGAAAUUACAAGCAAGUUUCUAAAUCACUUUCACUUAGACUUUCUCACAAGACUAAAUACAUUUGAAUUGUUGCUCUGAUACAUAUAUAAAAUAAGGACUGUGAUUUGUUUGCACUACAUUGUACAAAGCAUCGUGUAUGCAGUUUUGUUUUAAUAAGUGUGGUUUUGCAGUAUGACUAAGUGACCCGAAUGUUUAGACAGCUAGUUUAUCUUUUUGUCUUCAUUAUAUCCAAAGAUCAUGACAUGUGAAUUUAAAUUACUGUAAGAUCAUUAAUUUUCAUGGGAAAGUCAUUUCACUGGAUUUUGUGUUUGGGUCAGUCAUCAAAAUUUCAACGUACUAACAAAAGUCCCAUUAAUAUUAUCUGCAAAAGUUUAAGUCCACAAAGUCAUAGCCACACGAAGCCAUAUUGGGAAGAAUCGUGAAAUUUCACGCCCACGAAAUUAAUUGAUUUUACAGUAUUUUGUGUGUUUUUCUUUACUUUUUGAUUAUUUAUUGUUAGUCAGACAUGGGGAAAGUGCAAAAUACUCGGGGUUAUGUUAUUAAUGUAGUUAGAAUUUAUGGUGGAAUAUAGUCUAAAUACACUUAAUAAUGGUAUAUGUAAUUCCACACAAACACAUGUUUCUUCUUAUUGUCAAAUGUUAUUUUUUGCCUAAUUGAUAUAUCAUACAGUACUACCAGCUUUAUGUAUCCACCUACAGCAGUACACAAAGGUUUGUUUACAGGCUGUAAGUUUUGAAAUAUUGAUGUCAGGUUUGCAUUAUUUAAGUAUGAUACACAGUUUGCAGAAUCAUGUGCAAAUUUUACAUGAACUUUAUUCAGUUUGCAUAUGAUUUUGCAAAUAUACAUAAACAAAAUCCAGAAAAAUAGAAAUCAUUCCUAUUUUAAAAAUUUUAUUUUAAAAGACAAAAAAUCUAUUCUAUGUGAUACAUUGAAUUGUAUAAGAUGUAUAUUUUUCUGCACUGUUAAGAGUAUAACUCGUGUAUUAUACAAUUUCUAUUUUUAUUGAAUAAAGAUUUACUGAUG